AUGGACCACGGCAGCCAUGGCGGCGGCGACGAUGGCUCGUCGUGCAAAAUAUCGAUGCUCUGGAACUGGUACACCAUAGACGCCUGCUUCCUCACGCCCAACUGGCACAUCACGACGCAGGGCAUGUUCGCGGCCACGUGCAUCGGCGUCAUCCUGCUCGUCAUGCUCGUCGAGUUCUUCCGCCGCCUCGGCAAAGAAUACGACGCCUUCCUCAUGCGCCAGUUCCAGCGCGAAUCGGCUCGCCGAUACGUCGACGGCACCAGUUUCGGGCCGCACGUCAUUACGUUCCGCGCGACGGUCCUCCAGCAACUGACGAGGUCGGUCCUGCACGCCUUGACCUUUGGCAGCGCCUACAUCGUCAUGCUGCUCGCCAUGUACUUCAACGGCUAUGUGAUUAUCUGCAUCUUUAUCGGCGCGGGGCUGGGCAAGUUUGUGUGUGACUGGUUGGAGGUGAAGAUGGAUGUGGACGGCGGAAAGGAGGACAAGCAGAUUCGCGGCAUAGAGGAGCCGAGCGUCUGCUGCGGAUGA